AUGGGCGGACCAGAGGUAGACAAAGUAAUGUACAGGUGGGAGAACAAUGGAACUCUGGAAACGAGACCAAAAUCAUCGUCCACUCCAGCAUUUGAGGAAGUGCUGGAGUCCAUUGGGUCCAGAGGAAAGUUUCAGACGAGACUCAUAAUCGUGUUCAUCUGCGUUGGCCCGUGCAUAAAUAUGAUGAGUGUGAACCUAUUCUAUCUCGCAAUGCAGACUCCCAAUCAUUGGUGCCAUGUCCCUGGCAGAGAAAAUACCAGCCUGUCUCUGGAAGAAUGGAAGAACAUCACCAUACCCAGGGAAGGACCGUCCUUCAGCAAGUGCCUGAUGUACAACGAGAGCGAUGUGCUCCACUUGAGCAACAGGACGGAAUCAGUGAAGUGUCAGUACGGAUGGGAAUACGACAAAACGUGGUUCACCAGGACAGCUCCGUCACAGAUGAACUGGGUCUGUGAUAACCAGCAGGCCAUCAACGACAUCUUGUUCUACUCGCAGAAUAUUGGCGUGGCGCUCGGCUUACUCUUCGGUUACAUAGGUGACAUGUACGGCCGGCGUCCGCAGCAGUUCCUGUGCCUGGUCGCCCACGUGGCCAGCAGGCUGCUGAUCGUCCUCGCUCCAGACGUCCUGGUACUCUUCAUCCUGGCCGAGUCUCUGGUGUCAGCCGUCGCUGGACCUUUGCUAGAAUCUGCCUUGGCCGUUGGGCUGGAACUAACUGACGUGAGAUACCGGACUACAGUGAACCGCUAUGCAUCAUGCAGCAUGGCCACUGGAAUGAUGGCGACCGGUUUGGUGGCAUGGGUUAUGCCUGACUGGACCUACUGUCUGUCGUUCGCUACUGGCAGCUGCCUUGCAUUGCUGCUUUUUUUCAGCUGGUUUCCAGAGUCACCACGCUGGCUGGCAUGCAGAGGCCGCCAGCAGGAGACGAUGCGACUGUUGCGCCGCAUCGCGGCCACCAACGGCACUACAGUACCUCCGCUCGCCUUUGCUGUGGUUCGGACCUUGGGCAAGAGCAAGACAGACAGGAGGGGGUUCCUGAGCCUCUUCUCCAGCCGGAAUGUCUUCAAGAAUUCUGUGCUGCUGAUCAUCGCAAGGUCGGUGUACCUGCUCACCAUGUUCUCUCCAGUGCUGGCUGUGAGCAGUCUGAGCGUGAAUCCAUUCCUGACAGUGGCCGCGCAGGGAGGCGCGCAGUUCGUCUCCUACUGUGUGGCGAACUUCUGCGCAUCCCGCAUCGGUCGACGAUGGUCUGGUGUAGCCGCUCCAUUACUGGCGGCAAUUGCAAGUGGAGUCAUCUUCUGUAUGCUAACUGUGGACAUCGCUGGUCCAGCCCUCGUGGCGAUGAUAAUGGUGAUGCAGUUUAGCACAACAAUCAGCUUCAGUGUUGCCAACCUACAGAGCGUCGAGGUGCACCCCACAUGCCUGCGCCAGAUAGCGGCCUGCGUCGAAUGGGCCAUCGCCGGAGUUGCCAUGUCUGCGUUGCCCUACUUGGCCCUCAUGGUAAUUGGCAUCAAGUUGAAGAACUGUGGCACAGAAAUUGGCAACAUGCUGUGA